AUGGUCCUAAAUCUUCAACUUAUUCUCAUUGCCAUGUUUGUCUUCGGUUUUGCCAGAACUGCUGAUAUUGAAGGAAGUGGAGCACAAUUGGAUCAACCAGAAGAAACACCACAUGAAAGACGUAAGUUUCCCUUCACCUUUUUCACCUAUCUCAUUUUUCUGUGCCCAAUUUCUCUCUUUUUUUGCUGUGGGCGGAGCUUGUUUCUGCCAACAGCUAUCUUCAUUUUAGAAAUUGAGCGGGCAGAAAAUGUCGAUCUCGUGGUGUAGUGGUUAUCACAUCUGUCUAACACACAGAAGGCCGGCGGUUCGAGCCCGCCCGAGAUCAUACGCUUUUUGUUUUAUUUUUUCAAAAAUGUUGAUUUUUCAGCGAAAUUCUUCAACUGGGAUUACAAAGAUUUGAGCACAUCGGCAUUUGAAGAUAUUUCAAGCAUUGCUCGACAACCAAUUGGAAUUCUCGAUGUAAGAUUCAUACUUCUUCCGGUUUCUAGAAAUUUUUCAAUAAAUUUUCAGUCUGCAUCGUGUCCAGAUGGAUGGUUUCGUUUCUCCAACUCAUGUUACUACGUCGAACAAGAACUUCUAGGAUUUUCGAAAGCCGAAAAGCGAUGCUUCGAGAAAGGUGCCACAUUGUUCGUCGCCAAUUCAUACGAUGAAUGGGAUUCAGUUCGUGAUCACUCACCAAAAGCCUUUUUCGCCUGGGUUGGACUCGUUCGAUUUGCUCAAUACGAAAAAGUCGAAAAUUUGCCACGUUGGCAAACUGAAGGAGCCAUCAACUCGGCUAAACUGUAAGUGAUACCUCUCUUUUUGAAAACCCGAACCAUUUAUGAUAUUUUUUUACAGUAACUGGUUGAUCAAACCAUACAAGCCACUUCCAAAUGGUUGGACAUCUUUGUCAAACUGUGUUGCACAUUAUCAUGGACCAUUGUCACUCGAAUCAACUUCGUACACUUUUUAUUAUCCAUGCACACUUUUAUUCCACUCAAUUUGCGAAAGAAAUGCUACACUUAUUAACAAUUCCAACACUUUUGUCCUCUAA